AUGGAUCAUUCAAACGAAUAUAAUGAUUUCCAAAAGGCAAUCAGUCUAAAUCGGCUCAUGUUAAAAAUAGUCGGUUUGUGGCCGCCAGAUAAUCGAGAUUCGCGACAAAUUAUAAAACUGAAGCUUCGACGACUAUGCAGUUGCAUCACGUUACUUCUCGUAAUUACGAUACCGAGUUUAAUUGCAUUAAUUAGAGUAUGGGGUGAUAUGAUACUAAUGAUAGAUAAUAUGCAAUAUAGUAUUUCUCUGUCGAUAGCGGUUUUCAAAAUCUGCAUUAUUUGGUAUAAACAAGAAGUUUUAGCACCUUUAAUUGAUAUGAUUGAGAGAGAUUGGAUGACAAUAAAGAUUAAAGAGGAGCGAGAUGUUAUGCUAAGGCACGCCAGAAUUUCUCGUGCGAUCGCUAUGUGCGGAUUGUUCAUGAUAUUAUUUGCAUUAAUCAUUAUGUUUGGUUUACCGUGUCUCGAAAUGACAAGGAGUUACGUGACCAACUUAACGUACUUUGGAAAAUACCUACCAAUACCAACAUACUACCUGCACGAUGUGACCAAGAGUCCACAGUACGAGCUAACGCUACUGGCGCAAACACUCGCAACGUUCAUAUGUGGUAUCUCUUACUCUGCGAUCGACAACUUGUUCGGAUUAUUAAUUUUUCACGUAUGCGGUCAAUUAGAAAAUUUACAUUUGCGGAUAGCAUAUAUGAAGAAGUAUCCCAACUUCAAUGAAAUUUUGAAAUAUAAUAUCCAAGAUCACAUUCGUUUGAUCAGAUCUAUCGAAGUUAUUGAUGAUUCUUUCAAUUUGAUGCUACUUAACCUGGUACUUUAUUUUGGUAUAAUAUUUUGCCUACAAGGAUUUCUCAUUGUUAAUGUUAUUAAUCAAAAAGGCCAAAUAUCAGUUAUGCAGUUGAGUUGGUUUAUUAUAGCGUGUAUUAUCAUUUUGUUGCAUAUGUGUCUUUAUUGCGCUGUUGGUGAAAUUUUAAUGAUACAAGUAAGUGAAAAUAUAUAA